UAGCGCAUGCAUCACCUAACCUCAAAUAAGUGUAAAUAAAGAAGUCAUUUUUAUAUAAUGGAAGAAAAAUCCCUUAUUAAUAUACGUUUGGCAGUAAAUAGAAUUGAUUUGAAUUUGAUAAAGAAUGAAGAUACACAACCUCGUAUAUACACUCCCGGAGAAGAAAUUUCUAGUCAACCAGAUUUUCUAAGAGGCCACGGAACGUACGUAGACGAUGAAAACACAUUACGUGCAUCUGUAGCUGGCGUUUUAGAGAAAGUAAAUAAACUCAUUUCGAUUAAGCCAUUAAAAGCACGUUACCAAGGUGAAAUAGGAGAUGUAAUUGUUGGUCGCAUAACUGAAGUGCAACAAAAACGAUGGAAAGUUGAUACAAAUUCUAAACUUGACUCUGUAUUAUUACUUUCUAGUGUUAAUUUACCCGGAGGAGAAUUGAGAAGAAGAUCUGCAGAAGAUGAGCAAACUAUGAGAAGAUAUCUCCAAGAAGGAGAUUUGAUUUGUGCAGAAGUACAAAGUACCUUUAUAGAUGGUUCACUUUCGUUGCAUACACGAGUUUUGAAAUAUGGCAAACUAUCACAAGGUAUAAUGUUAAAAGUUUCACCAGCCCUCAUAAAACGAAAAAAAACUCAUUUUCAUAAUUUGGAAAAUGGAGCAAGUUUAAUAUUAGGGAACAAUGGUUAUGUGUGGAUUGGAGCAAGUAAACAAGAUACCGAUAGAUCAGAAGGUGGUUUCGCACAAGAUUUAUCACGAAUUCCACAAACAAUUCGUGAAGUUUGUGCAAGACUGCGUAAUUGCAUUUUGAUAUUGGCACAAUGUAAUAUGCAGCUCACAGAUACAUCAGUUACAUAUGCUUACGAGGAAUCUAUGAAAUACAAAGUAAGCAAAUUGUUGGAAUCUGAAAAACAAGAAAGUCAGCAAAGGAACAUGGAUGCCUGUUUCACUGCAUUUGAUAAGGAUGCAGAUGGAUAUUUAUCUCUUACAGAAUUUGAGCUUAUUUGUCGUGCAUUAUUUCGUAAUGAUCGUGGAAAAGUGUACAAUCUUGAAGAAAAUCAAUUGAAGGAAAUAUAUUCUAUAUUUGAUUUAAAUGGAGAUGGAAUGAUUGACAAAGAAGAAUUUGAGGUAUGCUGGAAUCGUUGGAUUAAAAUAUGCACUCGUCCAAAAAGUGCAUUUUUAAUUGUAGAUGUACAAAACGAUUUUAUAACUGGUUCCUUAAAUAUCAAACAGUGUGCUGCUCAACAUGAUGGUUCCGAAGUAAUUGAACCAAUUAAUCGUUUAUUAGAAACUGUACAAUUUGAUGCAGUGUUCUACUCCCUUGAUUGGCAUCCUGUGGAUCAUGUAUCUUUCAUUGAUAAUUUACAUCUUAGAGAAGUUGAUUCCAGUAGUGGAAUCUCGAAAGAGGCAGCACAAGUUUAUGAUACAGUUACAUUUAGAGGACCUCCCUUAUUAAAACAGCGUCUUUGGCCACGUCAUUGCAUUCAGGACUCUUGGGGUGCAGAACUACAUAAAGAUUUGAAAGUCGUUGAUAACGCAAUUAAAAUAUAUAAAGGAACAAAUCCAGAAGUUGAUUCAUAUUCAGUCUUUUGGGAUAAUAAGAAAAUGAUGGAAACUAGUUUAUACUCCCAAUUACAAGAGAAAGGAGCGACAGACAUAUAUAUUUGUGGAUUAGCAUACGAUGUUUGCGUUGGAGCUACCGCCGUUGAUGCGCUUACAAACGGUUAUCGAACUAUUCUUAUUGAUGAUUGCAGUCGAGGGGUAGAUUUGGUUGAUAUUGAAAAGACUAAAGCUACAGUCAUAGCUAGUAACGGCGUAAUUGUAAACUCUAGUCAAGUAAAAGCGAUGGUUGAAGGACGAGAUCGUCGUCCAGAGCUUGGAUAUAAAUUAGCUUUAGAAAUUAAACGAAAAUUAAAUUUUGUAGAAGACGAUGAUAAAUAGUUUUGUUAUAAAUUAACAACUAGCAUA